AUGGUUCUGACUCUUGCUAACUGGGCGUUUCUUCAGUUCAGCAAUAUCUUCUACUCCCGUUCCUUAUCCAAGUUGCUGUUGGCAGGUGGUGGUAUGACCGUAAUUAUGGACAUUGUAAUCAUCGUUCUUCCAAUUCGAGAGAUAAUGCGAUCGCGGUUCAGUCCUAAGAAGAGGUUGGAGAUUACCCCGAUAUUCGUGGUGGACAUCAUGUAG